AAUCAGGGACAGCUGACUAUCGUUGUCUCUGAUUGGGAACCAUACUUGGGUAGCUUUUUCCCACCUAUGUUUUGUGGGUAGUUGUUUUCUGUUUAGUGUUUUCUGCACCUGACAGGACUGUUUCAGUUUGCACUUUGGUCUUUUUGUGUCAGUGUUCAGGUAAAUAAAGGUCAUGAACACUUACCACGCUGCACUUUGGUCCGAUUCCUCCUCAUCAGACGACGACACACGUUACAGUGGUGUUUUGGCCUGUUUUGGUCAACGAAAUUUGAUCGCCACAAUGCCAGAUAGACUGGAUGUACUGACGGGCUCCUGUGUGCAAAUCCCAUGUUCAUUUGAUAUUCCUGACCAUAAGUAUACAUUUAACAGCACCAUACUAACCUCUGGAGUGUGGAUUAAAGGAAACCCAUACUUAGGUGGGCGUCCGGACAGAGUGAUAUUUAACAGUAGUAAGACGGUCAACAGAUAUCAAGGGAAGAUAACUGGAAACAUGUCCCAGAAGAACUGCACCACAGUCUUCUUCAAUGUAACCACCAGUUACUCUGAUAAAUACUGCUUAAGGAUUGAGAGUCAACCAUUCCUUGCAACAGAUCCUGAUAAGUCUGUUAAUAUAGUUGCCAGUGAUUUGCCUUCCAGUCCCAUCAUUACUGUCUCAGGUGAGGUGAAGGAAGGGACCCCUGUCAGUUUGAACUGCUCUGCUGUCGCUCCCUGUCCCGAACACCCCCCUGAGCUGACAUGGACUCUCCCAACACAGUUCACAACUGAGAACCAAAUGCAAGAGAAUUCAGACCAAACCAAAUCAGUUCUCUCCACGGUGACCUUCACUCCGUCAUACCUUCAUCAUGAGAAGAACAUCACUUGUACUGCAGUCUACCCAGUAGGGACAAGCAACAAGACAGCUGAACAUAACAUGAUGCUUAACGUUUCAUUCUCUCCUAAGGACACCUCGGCCUCCAUCAGUUCAGCUGAUCCAGUAUUAGUGGGCAGCUGUGUUAAUCUGACCUGCAGCAGUACAGCCAACCCUCCUGUGACAAACUUCACCUGGUUCCAGAUCAGUGGGGGUAAAACAACUCAGGUUGCAUCUGGACAGAGUUACUUCCUCAAUGUGACUGGUGAUGGAGGACUGUACUACUGUGAAGCAAGAAAUAGUCACGGCUGUGGGAAGUCGAAUGAAGUGCAGCUGGCUAUAAAAGGGCAAGAAGAGUCAAAAACCUCAGGGGUUGGUUUCUGGUUUCUGGUUUCUGGGGUUGCAGCAGGAACUCUGGGGACCAUUUUGCUUAUCAGCCUGAUCAGUCUUUUUGUAUGGAGGAGAAACUCGAGGCUCCACGAUGGACUUGAAAGGACAGACAGUCCACAGGGACAGAACUCCCCGGUUGGGACAGUGUGUACUAACCAGGCCACAGCCGGAGAGGAAGCAGAGGAACCUGCAGAAGACCAGCCUGAAGAGAUCCAAUACGGUGACAUAGACUUCUCCAAACUACAGACCAAAGAGACCCCAGCUGCAGCCCAGGACAGGGUCCAGGGACAGGAGAGUGAGUACGCUGAAGUCAAUGUGACUGGGAGAGGGGCUCAGGAACCACCUCUUAACAACCUAGAUGGGCUUUAUGCACAAGUGAAUAAAAUAAGUGCUUGUUAAUUAUUUUUCCAAUGGGUUUUAAGUGUUUUUAUGUACACUAUUGUCAUUGUGUAUUAGUUUCUAUUGGUACUUUUGUUACAUUUAUAAUUGUGUGCUCUUUGAUUAUCUGCAUAUUUGUAGAAUUUUCUGGAAUGAAAAGUGUUUAACUGUUACUAGAUUGUUGAUACGAUGAUGUAGGCUACUCUUUAUUUUAGACCAUUUAUUUUGAGUGUUGAGUUCACAGAGCAUCUGUUUAAUUGGUUCCAGUAUAGAGGAACUGCUGAGUUCAACUAGCUCACUGAAGGCAGUUUAAGACCAUAAUGGUGCACAAUGGUGUUAACAUCUACUAGUCACUGUUCAUCUUCAUCUGUUGUGCAGUUGCCAGAAUAACAAUAUUAUCUAUUUUCAGUUUAUAUCUAUUUAGAAGUUAUCGCGUCAGCUUUUAUGUUGAGUGUUAAACAACAGAAUCAAUUGAGGCUGAAUUUAAGGUUGUUGAUUAAUUGCACUGCAAUAAAAACCUU